UCCAAGAAGUUUCAAACUCCAAGAACCGAAAUUCUACCAACCAUGUCUGCUUCCACAUCCACUCAACUACUUCAAGGUCUGCUUGCAGACUUGUACAGUAGAAGGCUGCUACUCCACAACUACCAAACACCACUGACAGCAGCUCCCCCAGCCCCUGGAAACAACCACAAUUCCUCAGAUCCUUACACUGGUGACAACAGCUUUGAUGCAAAUGUCAUUAUGGUUCUUUCAGUCCUCUUGUGUGCCCUAAUUUGCUCACUGGGACUAAAUUCCAUCAUUAGGUGUGCAUUAAGGUGCUCAAGAUUAGUAGGCAUCGAGUCAGGUACAGACCCAUCAGCUCAUCUAGCCAACACAGGUGUCAAGCGAAAAGCUUUGAAAACUUUUCCAACAGUAAACUACUCUGCUGAUCUGAAGCUGCCCGGCUUGGAUUCAGAGUGUGCCAUAUGUCUAUCAGAAUUCACUCCUGGCGAACGAGUAAGGCUUUUACCCAAGUGCAACCACGGAUUCCAUGUCCGGUGUAUUGAUAAGUGGCUCAGCUCACACUCAUCUUGCCCUACAUGCCGGCACUGCCUCAUAGGGACAUGCCAAAAGAUUGUUGGUUGUAGCCAAGCUAGCUCAUCAGAAGCUCCUCCACUGGUGCAAGAAACCAUUGUGAACAUAGGACCUCUAGAACCUGAAGGUUUGAUACACAACUAUAGGUGAACAACUGAAGUAAAUUUUUUGUUGACCAUAUUAUGUACUAGCUAAAAUUUAGCCCUAUGCCAUAUGGAUGUUAGUGCUGGAAAGGCUUCCAUUUGAGCUAACAGACCAGGGGC